AUGCCCGCGGCGCUUGAAUCCAAGUGUUUAAAUCCUGACAACAUCCCCGAGUUGGCAUACACCACCAAGGGUACAGUAAGAGUAACGGGCAGCAACAUCCCCAAGAGCAAUGGCCACGGCGGUGGCGGCAAACUCACGGCCGGUGGGGCCGGUGGCCGUGGCAGUGACUGCGGGGUCGCUCCCAUGGGAGUGAGCGACGACGACAUCGCCGGCGGUGACUUUGGCGGCGGCGGAAGCAGCGACGGGGACGUUGACGAUGGCGACGGUUCCGCUGCGAGUACUUCGUCUCCGACCAAUUCCGCGUCGAGUGCCUCGUCUUCAACUGAUUCCGCGUCGAGAAGCCCGUCUUCGCCCGAUUCCCCGGGCACACCAGAUGCCAACGAGCGGCAGGUUGCCCCUGCGUUUGACGGUGCUGUCCCGACCGGUUCCGAGUGCCCCGUCUUCCGCCGAUUCCCGGGGCGGAGAGAAAGGUGGUGGCAAGGGCAAGGGCAAGGGCAAGGGCAAGGGCAAGGGUAA